UCGGACAUGGGCGACGUUUCGGAGCGCAAACAAAUUCUCAAGAAACUUAAGUGCAAGUCCUUCAAGUGGUACCUGGACAACAUCUACCCCGAGAUGUUCAUCCCGAGUGAAUCAUUAGCCUCUGGCGAGGUAAGGGCUGCAAAUGUUAUUAUUCCAAAUCGGAAGACAACGUUUUUGCUUAUUGGUUUUUAUCUUUUCAUCUGCGCUCCAUAUUGUGACUGUUUAUACGUUUAG